AUGUCUCGCUGUAAUCUCCCAAAUUUGAUUCUCAAUCACAUUUCCUUAUACAGCACCCUUACCACUGGCUCACGCCAUCAUAAAGAAAUCAAGGAGGACGUCAGCAGGAUUCUAAGGUGGUAUUACAAGAAGCCCGUACUCUUCACGAUGUGCGCUGGAAACGAACUGUUUUUCGUCUCACUGUAUCUCAUCAAAUGGGAUCAUACGCCAAUCUAUACGUUAUUACCUAAAUCGGUAUUGGCGUCAUCCUUCUUCAUCGAAUACUUCCCACAUUCUUUCCGUUAUCUUACAUUGGCUCAUUUCCUGGCCUUCCUAACUGGUCCAAUCUCGCUCGGCAAGAACAUUGUCAACGUCGUCCAAGCAUGGAAAGCUAGCAAGGUCCUAGUUGGGGUCGACUUGAGAGAGAGGGCUUUGGCAGAAGCCAAGGCGAAGCAGUAG